AUGGCAGAACCAAAGCCAAUCACCGCGCCAGCAACCGCAGCAUCCGGGGGCGACCACCUCUUCUUAUGGUUGGAUGAUGAUCAUCCCCCGCCCGAGGGUGGUCACCACCACCAUCACGAUCCACACGAGCGCGCUAUACUUACCUUCUUCGGAACUUAUACCACACCCGCGCAGAGCGGUGACGAAGGCACGCUCGAGGCUAAAGGAACUCUGACCUUUGAGAGCACGGAGAAAUUCGCCGCAGGAGACCAUGGCAAGUUUAGAGUGUCGAAGAAGAAGGGUUGUGCCGAAUACGACGUUGAAGUUGGUAUCACAUACCUCAAGAAAGACGGUCUGCGCGCAAUUGAUAUGAGCGCUUUGGUGAGUUCUUUCAAAGGCAAGGGAAAUUUACGCGAAGGAGGAGGAAUCGGAGAGUGGAAAUGGAUGACGCGCAACGAGAAGUGA